UAUGUCCCUGCCUUGUUCUGUCACCUCCGUUGCACCAGAUUGUCCUUCGAAGAUCAAUGUACAUUCACCUCAGUAUUUUAAAUCUGUUGACAGUUUGGGUAAUGAUGGCUCAGCUCCAGCAAGGAGGCCCAGAUGAAAAAGAGAAGACUACUGCAUUAAAGGAUUUAUUGUCUAGAAUAGACUUGGAUGAACUAAUGAAAAAAGAUGAGCCACCGCUUGAAUUUCCUGAUACUCUGGAAGGAUUUGAGUACAUUUUUAAUGAAAAAGGGCAGUUGAGACACAUCAAAACUGGGGAGCCAUUUGUUUUCAAUUAUCGUGAAGAUUUGCAUAGAUGGAACCAAAAGCGCUAUGAAGCUCUUGGAGAGAUCAUUACUAAAUAUGUUUAUGAAUUACUGCAGAAGGAAUGCCACUUGAAGAAAGUAACUCUCCCAGUUGAUGCAACUGAGAGUGAACCAAAGAGCUUUAUCUUCAUGAGUGAAGAUGCCUUGACAAACCCUGACAAGAUGUUGGUCCUGAUUCACGGUAACGGAGUGGUCAGAGCAGGUCAGUGGGCUAGGAGACUUAUAAUUAAUGAAGAUCUGGACAGUGGCACGCAGAUCCCGUAUAUAAAGAGAGCUAUAGAGGAAGGCUAUGGAGUAAUAGUACUGAAUCCCAAUGAGAACUAUAUUGAAGUGGAGAAGACAAAAGCCCAAGUACAGCUGUCUUCUGAUAGCUCAGAUGAACCUGCAGAAAAGAGGGAAAGAAAAGAUAAAAUCCAGAAGGAAACAAAGAAACGCCGUGACUUCUACGAAAAGUAUCGAAAUCCACAAAAAGAAAAAGAAACUAUGCAGAUGUACAUUAGAGAUAAUGGAUCUCCCGAAGAACAUGCAAUUUAUGUUUGGGACCAUUUUAUCUCCCAGUCAGCUGCAGAGAACGUGUUUUUUGUGGCUCACAGUUACGGUGGACUUGCCUUUGUAGAGUUGAUGAUUCAACGAGAGGCAGAAGUAAAGAAUAAGGUAACUGCUGUGGCGUUGACAGACUCUGUUCACAAUGUGUGGCAUCAAGAAGUUGGGAAAACUAUUCGAGAGUGGAUGCGAGAGAAGUGCUGUAACUGGGUGUCCAGCUCCGAGCCCCUGGACACGUCGGUGGAGUCCAUGCUGCCGGACUGCCCCCGCGUCUCUGCAGGUACAGAGCGCCACGAACUAACUUCCUGGAAGAGUUUCCCAUCUAUUUUCAAGUUCUUCAGCGAGGCGGUAGAGGCAAAGAACAGCUCAGUGAAACCAACCCCAACGCGGCGCUCCAACAGGAUAAAAUACGAAGAAUUGUAAAAAGAGGCGGGGGGAAGG